AUAUAGGGUAUAAUUAUAGUUAUAGUUUAGUAGUGAAAAACUGUGUAACCGCUAAUUAACGUCCUACACUCCCUCCUUAUUGUGUUUAUUUUUGGCGGCACAAAAACCGGUAUAUUUCAUUCCCCACUCACUCCACACUCUCUUCAACUAUUUAGAGGUUACAAAUGCCAAGACAAGUGAGCUUAGCAUAACUCAACUUUCAGAUUUCAGAUUACUAAAAACAGAAAAAUGGGGAGCUCUCUCACUGCCACCUCUUUUUCUUUGUCAAGUCUAAUGUGUGAAGAAGAAGGUGAAGCUUGCUUCUUUGAAGACAACUAUGAUGAUGAAAAUGAACACACUGGGAUUGUUUUUCAUGAGGAAGAUGAAGAGGAAUACAUUGAGUAUUUGUUCAGCCAAGAAACUGCUUUUGGAUUCCACAAUCAUGAUGAUUGCUCCGCCGCCAGAUUCUGGUUGAGGACUGCUCGUUUUGAUGCCAUUGAUUGGAUUUUCAAUACACAGGCCAAACUUGGAUUCAAAGUUCACACAGCUUAUUUAUCAGUCUCCUACUUUGAUCGGUUUCUUUCAAAACGAUCCAUUGAUGAAUCAAAACCUUGGGCUAUUCAAUUAUUAUCGGUAGCAUGCUUAUCUCUUGCAGCAAAAAUGGAAGAGCAAAAUGUGCCUCCUCUCUCUGAAUAUCCAAUAGUUGAAUACAGAUUUGAGAGCAAAGUGAUUAAGAACAUGGAGCUUCUGAUUCUUGCUACCUUGGAUUGGAAAAUGGGAUCAUCAUCACCAACUCCUUUUUCUUAUCUCCAUUACUUUCUCACAAAGUUCUGCCCUGGAUCCAAUUCACACACAAUCAUCACAAAAGCCACCCAACACAUUGUAGCCAUGGUCAAAGAUGUUAAUUUGAUGGAUCAACGGCCAUCUAUAAUAGCCUCCGCUGCAAUAUUAGCAGCAGUUGAUGCUACAUUAACAAGAAAGACCAUGGAUCUUAGGAUAAGAAAAAUCUCAUCUUGGGGCAAUCUAGAAAGUGGAGAUGUAUUUUCCUGUUAUAAUCUUAUACAGGAAAAGAGGAGGAACAAAGUUAAGACCCCUUGCUCGAAUUUAAUGUCAAACCAAUCGAACUCCACGUGUGUUCUUGAGAAUCAAUCUGACACCACUUGUUCCGGAGUUAAGAGAAAACUUUCUUUUCAGGACACUGAGGAAACUGAAAACUACAAGAAGCUACAUCGUCACUAGUUUGUGGUUCAUCAUCCACCAUUGAUUUAGUUGGUGUUUUUCAUUUCACUGAUGAUUGAAUCAUAGGUUUUUCUUUUUUUUCUUUUUCUCUAAGAAAAAAUUGAUUCUUGUUAGUUUAUAAUUAUAGGUCUAGUGAGUGUCAUCCACCAUUUUUGUGGAAUGAUUUGGUAUUGAUGAUUGGGGUUUUAUUUUUUUCACUACCCAACAAAAAGUUUUUUUCCCAAGUCACAACCAAGAUGAUAGAGAAAAAAAAAGGAGAAAAAGGAGGAGUAAAUAAAUAAAAAGA